AUGAUUGAGCUGAUUGUUUAUGCGAUUUUGCUAUCGGCAACGCUAGCCGAUAUCGAUUGUACAAUUGGCCGAGAUGUGGGUGAGACAAGUUGUGGUGAGCAGGGCGCUCAACGCUUUUUCUAUGAUUCAAAAAGAGGAAUAUGUCAGCCAUUCUACUACAAGGGUUGUGGUGGCAACGGAAAUCGUUUCUCAAGUCGAGAUGAAUGCAUGAAAAGUUGCAAAGGGACAAAAGAGAAGGGAUCGGGUGGACCUGUUGCUCGAUGCAAAGCAGGGAAUCCGGCAGCGAUGGACGAGAACGGACAAACUGUGGGAUGUGAGAAAUGCCCUGAUGGAUACUCGUGUCAAGGGAAAUUCUGCUGUGCAGUUAAAGAAAAAUCCUGCUCUCUCGAGUACGAUUCAGGAAAAUAUGUCCAAGGACGAGCUCAUAUACCAAAAUACUUCUACAGUAGUCAAUUGAAGACGUGUCUUCUCUUCACCUAUUAUGGAUCACUUGGGAAUGCGAACAAUUUCAACUCUUUUCAAGAGUGUCUCGAUUUUUGUAAA